AUGGCCCGAACCAGGGACGAACCGGCCGAGGACGAAGAUCAAGAAAUGGACGAGGAAUUGGUCGCUUUGCAAUUCGAUGAGCCGCUGUCAUGGCGCGCGGGCAAGCCAAUACCCACCGGCACGCUUCUAAGUCGACUGGAGAAGCUCUCCAAGGAGCUGGUGGAGCUGGAUCAGGACACUGUCGACAAGGACUCAUUGACCAAGGUCGCAAAGGAGCUCGCUUCACACAAUUUGCUGGCCCACAAGGAAGGCGGUGUCAAGGCAUAUGCUGCAUCUUGCCUGGUUGACGUUUUGAAAUUGUGCGCUCCGGACGCGCCCUUUACGCCAUCACAACUCAAAGAAAUAUUUGGUCUAUUUGUAAAGACCAUUCUACCAAGCUUAUGGGACCCGACACACACCUACAAUACACAGCACAAAUAUGUCCUUACUUCACUCGCCGAGGUCAAGAGCAUCCUGCUCAUUAAUGAGCUUUCCAACGCUGAAGAUUUACUCUUGCACCUGUUUUCAUCCUUCUUCGAUGGCAUAUCUGGCUCUUCCAAGUCCAAUUCCGGGGAGCAAGUUGCCAAAGACGUUGAAUUCCACAUGACGGAUAUCCUGGUCACUCUGCUCGAAGAAGGCCCUACCCUGCCACCUUCUGUAUUGGAUGUCAUUAUGGCCCAAUUCCUUCGUGCCGCACCUCCUGGAGGCUCCCGGGCCCGCCCCGAUGCCAACGGCAAUCAAACCACCCUGUUGCCCAAGGAAGAGCCUGAGGCGUAUGUGAUGGCCAAGACAGUCUGUAACCAUUGCCCGGAGAAAAUGGCACGAUAUGUGAGCCAGUACUUCAGUGACGUGAUCAUGGAUAUUUCUGGCAAGAGUGUACAUGCAAACGGCCAGCGAGAUGACGACUCGGACAAUGACGAAGCUACAGCGGGACCUUCCGAAUCAGAUUUCAAAGAAUUGAGGAAAGCACAUCAACUGCUUCGCGAGUUGUGGCGAGCUGCGCCAACAGUAUUGCAGAAUGUUGUGCCGCAAGUGGACGCGGAGCUCUCCGCUGAUAAUGUUCAAUUACGACUGCUUGCUACCGAGACUCUAGGAGAUAUGAUCUCCGGUAUUGGCGCCGCAGGACCACCCCCACCCCCGGUACUCGAUCCAGCUGCCUAUCCUCCUGUCAAGAUUGGCGACGAUACUCAAGAUCAAACAGACUUUGACAGCAUACUGACUACACCCCUCUCGCCACUCUCUUUUGCACAAACCCAUACUCAAGUCUUUCACAACUUUGUCAGCAGAAGGAAUGACAAGUCCCCUCUAAUUCGUGCAGCAUGGACGACCGCGGCUGGUUACAUUGUCUCUACAUCAGCAGGUGGCAUUGGACUGAGUCGCGAAGACGAACAGACUUUCGUUGAUGGCCUCAAGGAUAGACUGAACGAUGCCGACGAAAAAGUUAGACUUGCUGCCGUUAAAGCCAUUGAAGUUUUCCGCUUCCGCGAUAUUGUCACAAAGCUGGCUUUAGAUGGCGGUGUUGAUAGGAAUGGCACAAUUCUUGCCAACUUGUCUGAUCGCUGUCGCGAUCGUCGUGCGCCUAUCCGGGUUGCGGCCAUGGCUCUCUUGGCCAAGCUGUGGGCUGUCGCCAGCGGUGAGCUGAUGGCUGGAAAUGAUGCUGUCACCUCUGCAUUGGGCGCUAUCCCCACCCACAUUUUCAGCACAUUCUACGCCAAUGACCUUGAGCUAAACAUACUACUGGAGAGAGUGACGUUCGAAUGUUUGGUCCCAUUGUCCUAUCCCCCCCCAAAGCCAAAGCAGUCAGGCAACUCUCAGUCCCAAGCCAAUGGCGAUGGAUCUUAUGAUCCAGACCGAAUACGGGCUGAGCGCAUCCUACUACUUGUGAAAAGCCUCGACGAGAAAUCGACAAGGGCAUUUUUCGCUGUACAGCAGCAACAACCACAAUUUGCCAAGCUCCUCCAAGGGUUUGUCAAGCAGUGUGAAGCUUUCAACGGUGGUCUACCAGAGACCAAUGGACCCGUUGUCAAACAGAAUCUGAAGAAGAUCAUCCAGUAUUUGGUUCCAUACUUUCCAGAUGCGGUCAAGGUGGAAGCCGACCUGUACAACUUCGCGACUCUUAACGAUCGGAGGUGUUAUGCAUUGAUUCGGUUCAUUACCAGUCAUGAAAGCGAUUUCAAGACGAUGCAUCGUGGCUUGAAAGAAUUCAACAAGCGCAUCCAAGGAACGAACAAGCCUCAUAUUCUCGACACCAUGCUUCCACUACUCUAUCGAGCUGCUUACAUCAUCAUCAACAAGAGCCAUCUACCAACAUUCAUUGACUGCUCGAAGAAUGACAAGGAUGGCUUUGGUGCAGCAGCGCAGCAGAUUACUUCCGAAGCCUCCAAGUCGAGUGGUGCUCUCUUCAAGGCACAUAUUGGUCAGCUGUGCAAGGAUCUCAUUGAGGCAGCCCCGACGGCUUCAAAAGAGAAUGAGCCGGGGACGGUGGAGACCCUCAAGGCCUGCUCGUCGUAUUCUUUAAAGUACCCAGAAGAGCUACCUCAGGACAAAAAGUUUGUCCAGGCGCUUAUCAACUAUGCACUUCAUGGCACGCCGGCAAAAGCAGCAAAGUACGCAGUCAAUAUUUUGAUGGCACGCAAGGACGACAAGAGCUUGGUAUCUGCAACGGAGCUUCUCCAGAAGGUUACAAAGAACUGGGGCUAUGGCUCGCCGCACUUCUUGAGUAAAAUUGCUGGUGUCGCCCAGCUUGAGCUUUUGGCCUCCACUGUCACUGCUGAUGCCAAUGAUAAAAUCAUUGAUAUGGCACUGAAAGAGGUAUUGCAAAAAGUACGCACCGAAGCCAAGGUCAGCGAUUCCGAGUGGGUAGAAGACGCAGAACUCGAAGAAGAAUGCUUGAUCAAGUGCUGGUCCCUGAAGCUUAUUGUCAAUCGACUUCGUGGUACUAAGGAUCCCGAAGAAGUCAAGGAUGUAACACCUACGGUGUUCAAGCUCUUGCGAACCUUGAUCAAGGACCAAGGUGAACUCUGCAAGACGCAGGACACACCCAAACACCACAAGUCUCGCCUUCGACUGUUGGCAGGUCAGCUUCUGCUAAAGCUGUGCACAGAAAAACGCUUCGAAGAAUUGUUCUCGCAUUCGGACUUUAACAGACUAGCACUCCUUACGCAAGAUUCUUGCUCGCGGGUUCGCCGUGGCUUCAUCGAGAAGCUCCAGAAAUACCUAGUCAACAGAAGGUUGCCCGCGAGAUUCUACACCAUCAUCUUCCUGACUGCAUUUGAGCCUGACAAAGACUUCAAGCAACAGACAGAGACGUGGAUCCGUUCGCGGGCUCGCUAUUUCCGUGAAAAUAGCAAGGACAACGUCAAUGUCAUGGAAGCCAUCUUUGGACGCCUGGUGUCACUUCUGGCACAUCAUCCCGACUUCUCCCCAGAAGCCGAUGACCUGCUGGAUACGGCUCGGUACAUUAUCUACUAUAUCAGCAAUGUGGCCACGGAACAGAACUUUGCUUUGAUAUUCAAGUAUGCCGAACGGGUGAAGCAAACACGAGACGGCAUUGCACCUGAAAAGAGUGAGAAUCUAUAUGUACUCUGUGACCUAGCCUUGGCUAUCUUGAGGAAGUGGCAAGAGCGCAAAGGAUGGAGCUUCCAAGCUUACUCUGGCAAGACUGGUCUUCCUAAAGGCUUGUAUACUGCUCUGCCAAGUCACGAUGCUGCGCAGCAAAUAGCAGAAAAACAAUUUCUUCCAGAGGAUGUUGAAGAGAGACUCGACGAUCUAUUGAAAACAAUGGAUAAGAAGAAGAAGCGCAGAAGCACCGAUGAUCGUGGCGAUGGACACCCAGCUCAGAAACGGGCGAGGACGGCCCAGCCAAGGACAUCUGCGGCAAAGCCUGAUCGUCCUGCCGGCAAAAGGCCAGCUGUGAAGACGAAAUCAGCAAAGUCCCGGAAGCCAGCGAGAUCUUCUCCGGCGCCUGAAUCAGCCAAUCGACGGCGGAGUGGAAGAUCUAGGAAAGACUCUUCUUACCUCGAGCGGGAUUCGUCGGACGACGAUGAGGACAUGCUUGAAGGCGUGGCCAAGUGGGAGUAUUAUGACAAUGACGGCAACAAGGUCCAAAAUGACGAGGAUGAAGGCGAAGAUGAGAGUGACGGCCAAUCUGAGCUAUCUGAAGUUGAGGAAGAAGCGGAGCCGAUGGAGGAUGAUAAAGCUGAACCUGAGCCGGAAGCUCAAGCGGACAGUUCCCCAGAUGAGGAGGAGCCCGCAGCCGAUGAGGAGAUUGAGCCUGCAGAAGAGGAGCCAGUAGCGGAGGAAGAAACACUGCCCAUACGUUCAAGUGGCCGUCGCGGAAGAACUGCUGCCGCUGCAUCUUCCGCAAAGACAAAGCCAGCGCCUUCACCUCCAGCCAAGACAGCUACAGCUAAAUCCAGUGGGUCAAGGAGCAAGGCCGCUGCUGCAAAAUCAACGACGCCCCCAGCCACAUCCACUCGAUCGACUCGAUCGAGGCGAGGAGCCUAG